UAAGUGGCAUUUGUAGGUCAUAAACAGGUAUAAGCGGCGGGACUUUACUUGAUAGCCUAACCGUCGCAGUUUUGGAGGCCUUUCUUCAAUAUAAAUCUCUCUUCAAAUAAGGAUGUGUCGCACUCUUACGCGAUUUCUUGCAAGUACUCGAUGUUGCAAUUGAGCCUCAAACAAAAGAUUCUUUAUCCAGUGCUCUAGUUGAAAGAAUCACGUUGAACAUGUCGGCCACCAUGUUUAUCAGCUGCUUGUUACUCAUUACAAUUGUCGGUGCAGAAGUUUUGCCAGACGAAUUUCAGCGACAAUUUGACGUCAUGAUCAUAGCGAAAUUCGAUCAAUUAGAAGCUAAAGUUCGAGAUCAAGAGAUCCAACUGAAGACGGCCAGGGGUGAGAUCCUUUCAUUGAAAACUGAAGUUCAGCGACUCGAGUCCGUCUUGGUGUUAAAUGCCAAUAAGAAAUCCCGCAGUGUUGACAGUAAUCAAUUCGUAGCCAAUAAAGCCAUGGCUACUACAUCUUCGGCGUUGUUUGUCCCGAGGACGUGUCACGAAGCUCUUGAAAGUGGACUGCCGGAAUUCAAAGAAUCUGGAAUGUACUGGAUCGACCCAGAUGGACUGGGAAUCGGCGAUGGAGCUAUUUAUGUUUAUUGCGACAUGUCUACAGGAGCAACUAGUGUUGGCCAUGAUAGCGAGGCAACUAUUGAAAUCCCUAAAUGCCGUCCUGCUGGUUGUUAUUCACGGCCGAUAGUGUACAGUGGCGGGUCUCUCAAUCAAAUGAAAGCUUUGUCUGAAAUUUCUGCAAAUUGCCAUCAAACUAUACAAGUGAAUUGUCUUGGGGGACCGCUUACGGUAAACAGCAUUGACUAUGCCUGGUGGAACGACGUUAAUAAUAAGAAACAAACCUUUUGGUCGGGUUCAGAUGAAUCCAUUCACACCUGUCAAUGUGGCAGUGAAAACAAGUGUGUCCGUCCGGAUCUUGAAUGCAACUGUGACGCUAAUGUAGCUGUCCCUUUAACAGAUAAUGGAAAUAUUACACUGAGCAGAGUUCUGCCUUUGACGAAACUAAAUUUUGGGCAGAUAAAUCACAACGGAGGCAGCCACACCCUGGGAAAAUUCACAUGUUCCGGAAAACUAACCUACGCAUACCCAACCAGUUGUGCGGAUCUGUGGCGAAUCGGCUACACUCUUAACGGAUUGUAUCCUGUUCGAGGAUCAACGCGAGUCGAAUUUGUUCACUGCGAUUUUUCUCUAGGUCAAAAUGUUAAGCAGGAGAAAAUAGGGUAUGCGGAUGUGAAAACGCAACCCGUUCAUUUCUACGUGCAAAGAUCAGAUCAGUAUUCGUCAUCUAGUUCAUCAGUGAUACCGUUCAAUAUCGAAGUACUGAACGACGGAGGUGCCAUGGACAUAAGGUCGGGUAUAUUCACCGUCCCCAAAACUGGCACGUACUUGUUUGACUUUUCGGGUGUCAACGAUCCGAAUGACGGAGUUUUAAGUGUAGAAUUUAAUAUUGAUGAUAAGAAAAUGGCUUCGACGUUUGCUGGUGACCUGGGACAUUUUACGAUAAAUCUGCCUUCUGUUUGGCACCUUACCAAAGGAAGCACCGUGAAAUUAACCAUAUCCCAUGGAACUCUCUACAGUGAUAACAAGAACGGGCCGAUGGUCCAUCUUACAGGCAUCUUGCUUGAAGAAGACAUCUUUGCGUGAUUAUGAUUAUACAAGUUAGGCUUCCAUAAUAUCUCCUAUCGGCGAAUUGCGACUACAAAUUGAAAUCAUUAUUCUUGUAAUGAACACAUAUCAAUCCGAAUUAAUUUUUUUGUAAAUUCACAUGUGGAAAA